UUCAGUUACGCAGCACCUGCAUGCUUUUCCGUUUUUAUUCCCGUUCUUUUAUUUUGGGGUAGAAAUUAGUCUCCGGUCACAUAGGUGUUCACGUGCAGGAGGUGAUUAAUCACGUUUAUGACGUCUCCUCCUGUUUUCAUCUGGAUAGUGACACCCAGGUAGUGCGCACGGUGUAUAUGAGUCACAGAUUCAGCGGCUGAGAGCGUUACCCCACCAACUGGUGUGUUGGCCCCCCGCACGCGCAACAGAGGGGAAAAAGGAGGAGGGAGUUGGCCCCCUUCCUCCUCCUCUUGUUUCCACCUCAUCCCAUCGGACUCAUCACCCGUCCUGAUUGAUCGUCGGGUGUCUUCCCGGAGGAAGCCCUCCUGCGAGGAGCGAGGAGGACAGCGUGCGUGGGUAGAGGCUACGUGGGCGGAUGAGGGAGUUUGGAUGCGGGAUUGAUGGGCACACACCUCCUGCACGCGGCAGCAGCAGCGGCGGCGGCAGCAGCGCGCGCCGGGGUCCCCUUCCAGCAGUUCCCGCGAGCAGAGCUGCCAUCCGUGCGUGGGAAAAUGACAUUCAGGCUCCUGGUCACCUUCUUCUCACUUCUUUUGCUCGCCCAGGCUGCUCGUUCUGACCUACUGGAAUAUGGCGACGAUGAGGAGGACCUCCACGACACCACCGUCAACCAGAUGCUGGUGCCCAGGACGCACCAGGAGGACGCAACGCUCAUCCUCAACAACCUGCUGAGGGAAUAUGAUAAAACCCUGCGGCCGGAUAUUGGCGAGAAACCGACACUCAUUGAUGUGGGCAUAUACGUCAACAGCAUUGGGCCCGUGUCAUCCAUCGAUAUGGAGUACCAGAUCGAUAUAAUCUUUGCACAGUCUUGGGUCGACACUCGUCUGCAGUAUAACAGCAGCAGCAUGCGGAUUCUGACCCUCAAUAGCAAUAUGGUCGGCCUGAUCUGGCUGCCUGACACCAUCUUUAGGAACUCCAAGAACGCCGACUCGCACUGGAUAACGACUCCAAAUCAGCUACUUCGCAUCUGGAACAAUGGAAAGAUACUUUACACACUGAGGAUGACCAUCAAUGCAGAAUGCCAGCUGCAGCUUCAUAAUUUCCCCAUGGAUGCGCAUUCCUGUCCUCUGGAGUUCUCCAGCU